UCAACGCCAUUUUCACGCUUCACGCUUCUUCCCCCAGUCAGUCGGGCAGCAGGACUAGAGCUGUCAUUGACGGGACCGAGCUGCUUCAGCCCACCCCGCCGUCGGCACGCUGCUCCUACCAGGCGUUUAUGGCGGUCACGGCAGCAUUGGAGAGCGGGCUGGUCCGGAGCUGAACCAGUGUUGUGACAGGUAGCCGCAUAGCAGCUAACAUGUAGCUACCUGCCAUUGAUGUCCGGCUUAAUUCACCAAAACAGACCCCGAGCAGCGAGGACGGGGGGGAAUACUGAUCCUCCCGGUACAAACUUACACACAGGCCCGGGCGAGGAAAGGAAAAACAAUAGAAUCUCUCAAGACGAGGCGUGAAAGGCAAAGAAGAAGGACAGUGAAGCUUCAUUACAGGAACGGAUGCGUGAGGACAUGUCCACCAUGGUGUGUGUGAAGGAGGAGGAGGAUCCCGGGGAGAAACUGUCCCAGGAUGAGAUCAUUUCCCGGACCAAGCAGGUGAUCCAGGGCCUGGACGCCCUGAAGCAGGAGCACCACUCCAUCCUGGACGGCCUGCUGGGAACGCUGCGCUGCCUAAAGCAAGAGGAGGAAGGCGUGCUGGUCGAGGAGAAGUCUCACAUGAUCCGCAAGUCCCUGGAGAUGCUGGAUCUGGGGCUGAGCGAGGCUCAGGUGAUGAUGGCACUAUCGAGCCACCUGAGCUCAGUGGAGUCGGAGAAGCAGAAGCUGCGGGCUCAAGUGCGCCGGCUGGGCCAGGAGAACCAGUGGCUGCGGGACGAGCUAGCCGGGACGCAGCAGAAACUUCAGAAGAGCGAGCAGAGCGUGGCCCAGCUGGAGGAGGAGAAAAAGCACCUGGAGUUCAUGAACCAGCUGAAGAAGUACGAUGAGGACCUCUCCCCCUCAGAGGAGAAAGAUUCUGACUCCAGUAAAGAGACUCUGGACGAUCUAUUCCCAGAUGAUCAGGACGACCAAGCUCCAGGCAUCCAGCCAGCUCAUGGCAGCGCUGCAGCAGCAGCGGCCCAGCAGGGCGGCUACGAGAUCCCAGCUCGGCUCAGGACGCUCCACAACCUGGUGAUCCAGUACGCCUCCCAGGGCCGGUACGAGGUGGCCGUGCCGCUCUGCAAACAGGCCCUGGAAGACCUGGAGAAAACCUCUGGACACGACCACCCAGACGUCGCCACCAUGCUCAACAUCCUAGCACUGGUUUACAGAGAUCAGAACAAAUACAAGGAGGCGGCCAACCUGCUGAACGACGCGCUGGCCAUCAGGGAGAAGACUCUGGGCAGGGACCAUCCAGCUGUGGCUGCCACCCUGAAUAAUCUGGCUGUUCUGUACGGGAAGAGAGGGAAGUACAAGGAAGCCGAGCCUCUGUGCAAGAGAGCGCUGGAGAUCAGAGAAAAGGUUUUGGGCAAGGACCACCCAGACGUGGCAAAGCAGCUGAACAACCUGGCCCUGCUCUGUCAGAACCAGGGCAAGUACGAGGAGGUGGAGUAUUACUACAUGAGAGCACUGGAGAUCUACCAGACCAAGCUGGGACCCGACGACCCCAACGUGGCUAAAACCAAGAACAACCUGGCGUCCUGCUACCUGAAGCAGGGCAAGUUCAAACAAGCUGAGACUCUGUAUAAAGAAAUCCUGACCCGCGCUCACGAGAGGGAGUUUGGCUCUGUGGACGAUGAGAACAAACCCAUCUGGAUGCACGCAGAGGAGCGGGAGGAGCAGAGCAAGGGGAAGCAGAAGGACAGCUCUCCGUUUGGAGAAUACGGCGGCUGGUACAAGGCCUGUAAAGUCGACAGCCCCACAGUGACCACCACCCUGAAGAACCUGGGCGCCCUCUACAGGCGGCAGGGCAAGUUCGAGGCAGCAGAGACCCUGGAGGAAGCGGCCAUGCGCUCCAGAAAGCAGGGUCUGGACAACGUGCACAAGCAGCGCGUGGCCGAGGUGCUGAGCGAGCCCGAGGCCCGUGAGAAGCAGCGCAGCCGCGAGAGUCUGACCUCUGACACGGUGAAGUACGAGAGCGGGCCAGACGGGGGCGAGGAAGUGAGUAUGAGCGUGGAGUGGAACGGGGACGGCUCCGGGGCCCUGAAGAGGAGCGGCUCCUUCAGUAAACUACGGGCAUCAAUACGCCGUAGCAGCGAGAAACUCGUCCGCAAGUUGAAAGGUGGCAGUUCAGCACGAGACAGUGAGCCCAAAAACCCCGGCAUGAAGCGAGCCAGCUCUCUGGGGGUGCUUAACGUGGCGGACAAGGCUGCAAGUCUCCACUACCAAGAACGAAAUAAUCGUCUGAGAAUGAGUCGCGACCUGAGUGCCAGCCAGACGGACCUGGCACGUUGAAGGAGGCGACCGGCCUGAACGGUCUCUCAGAACCAGACUGACCUCUGACCUUCAGCCUCGCUGUAAAUAUCGUUGUGAAAGCUUCAUCUCUGCUGCGCUUCAGCGUUCACUGCACAGACUCUUGACUUUGAUUGCACUUGUGAGGGUUUUUGCUGCGAGGACAGACGGGGUGACUGGAGGACGAGUGUCCUGAGUGUCCGGAGUGUGCUGUAUGUCUGCUGCUGCAGGAUUAGUGUGAUGUGUGAGUGACGGUGUCUGCACUCCGGCCCCCCCAGGGUCAACUCUCACCUCGUUGUUGGAGCAGACGCUGAGAACCGACCUGUCUGAAGAGAGAGGAGCUCAGCUCCUGUUACGACUCUACAUCACAUCCUGAGAGUUUCAUUUGCGAUCCGACUUUUUCCCUCCCGAAUGAGACGUCAUCGGUUAGCUGCCGCUCUCGACUGAAUGAAAGCCGUUACUAACGUUUUACAGACAGUCCGCCCACUCUGCCGUGCAAAGCAUGUUGAACUCCAUUCUAGUCCACAAACUACGGAAGAGUAUUAGGGCCAUGCAGGAGAAAAAAGUCGAAAUUAAUGUUGAAAUACAAUUUCGAGAAAAAAGUUCAAAUUUCCU